AUGGCUAAUCAGAGCCGGGUGGCUCUCCUCCUCCUCCUUCUCCUCCUCUUCCUUCCCGUUCAGUGGGGAUUCGUCAGGUUGGCUGCCUUCCUACUCAUCAUCGAAAAGAUUGGUAGAUUUUUGGUCUGGCUCAAUGAUGAGGAGGACUCGUCAUGCGAUGAUGGCAGUUUGGGGACUUGGGAAGGUUUCCUGGAAGUUGAUUCCAAGGGGUUUAAGGCCAUUGGCCGGGGCUUCAUUCUUACCUGGUCGUGUGUUGUUUCUGGGGUGGCUGGAUGGAGAGAGCAGUCGAGGACCGAUACCAGCGAGAACCAGACCGAUCGAACCGGGAGAUACGAGCUUACCCUAUGUGUUAUUGUGUAA